AUGGACGGAGCCAGCGCCGUGCUCGCCUUCGCCCAGCUCGGCCUUAGCCUCGCGACCACCCUGAACACCUACAUCGCCGAUGUGCGUCAUGGCCGCGACGACAUCGCCAACCUCGCCAACGAGAUCGAGGCGACCGUCUCGCACGCCCAGGAACUCGAUCGCAUUAUUCAGGAGAACAAAACCACAGCGCGCUGGAGCGCCCACGGGCUGUUUUUGGCCAAGAAGUGUCUUCAGGAUUGCCAGGAUGUGAUCCAGCGGCUAUCGAGGCUGCUCCGCCGCUCAGGAGGUGGGGGCACGAUGCCCGCGGCGGCAGCGGCGGCGGGGGGUAGAUCCGUUCUUCCUGGCACAACCACCACCACCUUCACCACGUCGGCGAGCGACACAACGAGCGACAGUAGGACGCUGGUUUCGCGCACGGAAAUUGAUGUGUCACUUUUUGGCCGCCUCUCGUGGCCGCUUUUCAAGCCUCAGCUGCAGUUUCUGAAGCAGGAGCUGCAGAAGAUUAAGAUCGAGAUGCUGCUGGCGCUGAGUACUUACCAGGCUAGUUCGACGUCAAAAGAAGAAGACCGGAAGGCGAUCGUCGAGCGCAUCAUCGCGCUGUGGCGCUCGCGCACCGUCGCCCGUCGUGAGCUCGUCCUCUGUGGUCGCAGACUCGAACGAGCGAACCGGCCUGGGUACGCUGAUAUGCCCGGACAAAAUGAUCGAUUCACUACCCAUAUGCGUGAAGAACGUGGUGAGGAACCAGCGCACGAGAAGCCAAGGACCAGAGGCAUCUCGCCCGAAAGCUUCGACCGUGCGUAUGCUCGCCGCCGCGACCGGCGUUCCACACGAGACGCGUCUGAUGAUCUCGAGAAAGAGCGACCGUACAUGACUGGCGAUGAAGCCUUUGAGGAGGGCAGAUUCGAGCACUCUCGCGAUGUCAGCACCGCGCAAUACGGGCCGCCAUACGCUCCGAAACCCGAGGACUCGGGGAGGAAGAACCCUGUCAAGCAAGCGAUUGACUAUGCCCUGAAGUUUGCGCUGGCGCCGGAGGAUGAUCCUAGAGAGUCGAAGCAGAGGAUCUUGUCGCUGUGGAGCAGAUACAAAGGCGAUCCUGUGGCAUUGAGACAACUCUUAAGAAUGGUCAACACCAUCCCAUCAUCGCAACCGAACCCCAAAAUCCCACUCAGCCUACAAGACCCCGCCACCGCAGACGGCCUCGCCUUCACCUGGUCCCUUCUCAUCACCAGGACCCCAGUCUCCUACACCGUCCACCCAGUCGACUACCCCCUCCCACAGCUCACCAAGCGCCUCGCCCGCGAAGAACAGAAGUCCGCCCCAUCCGGCACCCUAAAUCUUGAAGCGUACGCAGCGCUGACCACUCUUCCGCCGGGAUAUCGAAACAUGAUCACCGACUGGCUCAUCCCCGACCCCUCCUCGCGCCACCACUGGAUGCUCCUCGUCCUGGACCCGGUGUACCCACCACCCCCGAAGGACAGAAGAACCACCUGGCGCGACCGCCUCCGACUCUCACGCCCGAAUCCACCCCAAGACUACCCCCGCGAACCGGCAAGUGUGCUCGCCGUCUUCAAGCGUUGCACGCAAGCGGAUGCCCGCGGUAGCUCCCGCGCCGAGUUCAGCCCUUCCACCAAGAAAUUGCUGGGCUCAGUCACCCCAGCCGUAGCGGGCGCACUGAUCGCGGCGCUGCGGGAGCGCGCCAGGGACCGUCGUCGCCCGGGUCGGGAAUCCCGGUCGCCUUCGCGUAGCCCUUCGCGGCCGCGGUCCACAUCUCGGUCGCGAGUCUACGAGCGUGAGUCAUACCCGACGGCCGGGGGUGAGCCGAGUGCCCGGCCGCGAUACCGGUACAGGCCGCGCGAGCGCAGCUAUGAGCGUGAGGCACGGCCUAUGCGCGCUGAGGAUCCUCGGGCGGGCCCGGUGCCCGAGCCGCGGGUGUACGCGGAGGAGGUGUCGGACUCAGAGGGAGAGGUGAGCGGGGGCGAGGGGGGCACGUCCGCAGAGCUGGCGGAUCGGAUCAUGACGCGGUAUACGGGGCGUGUGGUGGUGCGAUAG